UUAUCUGCGAGCCUCUGGGAGGAUGCUGAGUCGCUGUCGGGCAUAGUGAUAGGAGGUCCAAGAUGGAUGUCAUCGCCUACAGCCACCACGAGAUGGUUCGGAUCUCGGGAAGUCUCGAUGAGACCGACCUCGAUUCGCAAUACGACGAGGAGCGAGAAGAGAUCGAGCCCUACAUCGAGGAACCGAGAUCGAAGCUCGAUCGCGAGAUCCUGAUCCAGGAAAAAAAGAUCAAGUUCCCUCUGCGCAAAAGCCUGUUCGAAAACGUGCCCCCCUACGUGGCGUUUCAGCUAUUCGACGGGAAACCUUUGGUCGUACCUCACGAUGUAGCUAAACAUCUGAAAUGGCGCCUGAGCACCAUCACCCCUUUGCUGGUGAGGAAAACCCUGGUUAAUUCCGGAUUCCGCCUGAUGAAGAAGUCCCCGGAGUGGACUGGGAUCUGGGGGAAGCACAUGAAGUCCAUUUGCUUCAAGACUCUGAAAGAGUCCCAGAAGAUCAACCACUUCCCAGGCAGCUUCCAGAUCGGCAGGAAGGACAGACUGUGGAGGAACCUGAGUCGCAUGAUGGCGAGAUACGGGAAGAAGGAGUUCGGCUUUAUCCCCAGGACGUACAUUCUCCCCCAGGAUAUGAAAUUCUUCCGCCAGGUGUGGGAGAAAUGCGCAGGCAAGGAAAAGUGGAUCAUCAAGCCUCCAGCAUCCGCAAGAGGCACCGGUAUCAGAGUGGUCCACAGGUGGUCCCAGAUACCAAAGAAGAGACCUCUAAUCGUCCAGCAAUAUCUAUCUAGGCCGAGACUGAUAGGAGGCGCCAAAUUCGACCUGAGACUGUACGUCCUGGUGACGAGCUUCAAUCCUCUGAGGAUCUACCUCUAUCCGGAUGGCCUGGUCAGGUUCGCCUCCGUAAAGUACGUCGACGAUAUCAAUUACCUCAACGACAGAUUCAUGCACCUGACCAACUACAGCGUGAACAAGACCAGCGCGAGCUACACGAGCAACGACUGCGCGGAUUCUUGUAGAGGCCACAAAUGGACCAUCAAGACCCUCUGGUCGUACCUAGAGAAGGAGCACGUCAACGUGUCGAAGCUCUGGGCAUCCAUGAAGGAUAUCGUGGUGAAGACCAUGAUAGCAGGAGAGUCGUCCAUCAACGCCCUGACCAGGGCCAACACCACGACCAGGUACAGCUGCUUCGAGCUCUUCGGGGUGGACAUCCUGCUGGACGAGAACCUGAAGCCCUGGCUCCUGGAGGUCAACAUAUCCCCAUCCUUGCAGUCUUCCUCGCCCCUGGACGAGGCAGUCAAGGGACCGCUCAUCAGGAACGUCUUCAACAUGGUCGGCUACCAGAUCCCUCCCAACGUCAGCUCCUCGGAAGCCGCGAAAAUCGGCAAGCGGUACCAGGUCGACCCUGUCUGCCACGACGUCAGACUUUACAGGACUUCUCUUAGUUACCAGGAGAAACACAAACAGUCUCUUUAUGCCAACGCCAAGUGCCGGAGCGAUUACUUGGACGACAUCAUCGAGGACCUCACCCCUGACGACGUUCGUCAUCUUGUCGUCUAUGAAGACGAGCUCACCCAGCUGGACAGGUUCGAGAGGAUCUUCCCUACUUGCUCCAGUCAUAGGUACUUUCAGUUCUUCGAGGCUCCUAGGUACUACAACAUGCUGUUCGACGCCUGGGAGGAGAAGUAUGCCCCUGACAGGGUCGAAGGAAUCGCUCGUCUUCGGCAGCUCUGCAAAAUGAAGUACCACUUGGAGCAGCAGGUGGUUUAUUGAAGUCUCCUUCGGGAACCCUCUUCGGGGGACUGCCAGAAGGCCUCUGAUACUCGAUUUAAAAAAGACAUGUACAAAUCUGCCGUGUGAUAGACGCGGGACCUGGAGCAACUUCGUCAGGAACUGGCCUGCCAUCUUUGCUGGGCCAUUUCCUUUUUUUAUAAAAAAUACAAUUCGACGCUUAGUUUCUAUUUUCAUUCCGGCGUCGCGACCUGCUUUUGCGAACUGGUCCCGUGUUUUGGAUCUCAUGGUCGGCUUUCGACGGGCAGGAUUUUUCUUUUUUCUACGUAAGGAUUUUCUCUUUUAAGCACUCGUCUUGAUAUUUGCCGCAACGGGGGGCAUCUUCAGGCUGUCGAGAAUUUUAGAUAUCGGAGCCUAGUCGAAUUUACGAGUACUUGUACAAAUCCCACGGCGGUAUACGCGAUUGCGCCUGGGACCUCGUCAGCUCAUUCGGGAGCUUAUUAUCGUCCUUUGUGUUCGUCCGAAAUAAGUAGGAUAAAUAUUUCGAGGUUUUUUAGCCGCCCUCGAGGGAUGCGGUUCUCCGGAAGUGGACCGCGUCCGUUUAUAGUCGGCGUAUUUUAUAUGAAAUUUAAGUCCAAAAGUGUCUCAAAGGGCCGACACCUUCCUCGGCAUUCUGUAAAGGAGGGUCGGCCCUAGUGUAUGUGUUAGGUACUUUUAAUAAGCAGGUCUUUAAGCCUAAAAUACAACUUGAAACGCGACUUGCGAAUGUGUAUCGCGCCAUGUUUAGAGGGAAGGUCGGUCCUCGCUCUGUGCCUUUUAACAGUUCGAUCGAACGGAUCUUAUCGCACCGAUACUUCCCGGGUUUAAUAAAGUAAUUUUUCAUGAACA